CACAUUUGCAGAUACAAACAAUUACACCAUGGUUGAAACAGAAACAUUUUCCUUCCAGGCUGAGAUCUCUCAGUUGAUGAGCUUGAUCAUCAAUACAUUCUACUCAAAUAAGGAAAUCUUCUUGCGUGAAUUGAUCUCAAACUCCUCUGAUGCACUGGACAAGAUCCGUUACCAAUCCUUGACAGAUCCUUCUGUCUUGGACUCUGAAAAGGAAUUCUUCAUCCGUAUCACCCCCGACAAAGAGAACAAAGUUCUUUCCAUCCGUGAUUCCGGUAUCGGCAUGACCAAAGCCGACCUGGUCAACAACUUGGGUACAAUUGCCAAAUCUGGUACCAAGGCAUUCAUGGAAGCACUUUCCUCAGGCGCAGACAUCUCCAUGAUCGGUCAGUUUGGUGUCGGUUUCUACUCUGCAUAUCUCGUAGCAGACAAAGUCCAGGUCAUAACCAAGCACAAUGAUGACGAACAGUACAUCUGGGAGUCUGCCGCUGGUGGCUCGUUUACCAUCACUCGCGAUGAGGUCAAUCCUUCCAUUGGUCGUGGCACUGAAAUGCGCCUCUUCAUGAAGGAGGAUCAGUUAGAAUACCUUGAGGAGAAGAAGAUCAAGGAUAUCGUAAAGAAACACUCAGAGUUUAUCUCCUACCCUAUCCAGCUUGUAGUUGAAAAGGAAGUCGAGAAGGAAGUCUCAGAUGACGAAGAAAUGAAGGAGGCUGAUUCCGAAGAAAAGCCCAAAAUUGAGGAGAUCGAAGACGAAGAUGACAAGAAAGAGGAAAAGAAAAAGAAAACCAUCAAGGAAACCGUCACUGAGACUGAGGAGCUCAACAAGACCAAGCCUCUUUGGACCCGAAACCCUGAAGAAGUCAAGCUCGAGGAGUACACCCAAUUCUACAAAGCUCUCACUAAUGACUGGGAAGACCAUCUGGCUGUUAAGCACUUUUCUGUCGAAGGUCAGCUCGAAUUCCGUGCUAUCUUGUUUGUUCCCAAGCGUGCUCCCUUUGACAUGUUUGAGACCAAGAAGAAGCGCAACAACAUCAAGCUUUACGUCCGUCGCGUGUUUAUCAUGGAUGACUGUGAUGAGCUGAUCCCCGAAUGGCUUAACUUUGUCAAGGGUGUUGUUGACUCUGAAGAUCUUCCUCUCAAUAUUUCGCGUGAGAUGCUCCAGCAAAACAAGAUUCUCAAAGUAAUCCGCAAGAAUCUCGUCAAGAAAUGCCUUGAGAUGUUUGCUGAGAUUGCUGAAGACAAAGAAAACUUUGACAAGUUCUAUGAGGCUUUCUCCAAGAACCUCAAAUUGGGUAUCCAUGAAGACACUCAAAACCGUGCCAAGAUUGCCGACCUUUUGCGUUACAGCUCUACCAAAUCAGGAGAUGAAAUGACUUCUCUAAAAGACUAUGUUACCCGUAUGCACGAGAAGCAAAAGAACAUCUACUAUAUUACUGGCGAGUCUCGUGCUUCCAUUGAAAACUCACCCUUCCUUGAAGGGUUUAAGAAAAAGAACAUCGAGGUUUUGUUAAUGACUGACCCAAUUGAUGAAUAUAGCACUCAGCAAUUGAAAGAAUACGAUGGCAAGCCCCUUGUCUGUAUCACCAAGGAAGGUGUCGAGAUCGAAGAAGAUGAAGAUGAAAAGAAGGCGCGAGAGGAAGAAGAAAAGAAGUGCGAAGGUCUCUGCAAGGCCGUUAAGGAGAUUCUUGGCGACAAGGUCGAAAAGGUCGUUGUCUCUAACAAGCUUACUGACUCUCCGUGUGUCCUCACGACCGGUCAAUUCGGUUGGUCUGCCAACAUGGAGCGUAUCAUGAAAGCCCAGGCUCUUCGUGACUCUUCCAUGUCAUCUUACAUGGCUUCUAAGAAGACUUUGGAGCUUAACCCUCAUCAUGCUAUUAUCAAGAGUCUUGCUGCCAAGGUUGAGGCUGAUAGUGGUGACCGAACUGUCAAAGACUUGACUACACUCUUGUACGAGACUUCGUUGCUCACCUCUGGCUUCUCUUUGGACGACCCCAGCUCAUUUGCUCACCGUAUCCACCGCAUGGUUGCUCUUGGUCUCAGCAUUGACGAAGAAGAUUUGCCUACAGCCGAGACUGACGAUGCACCUCCUGCUGAGUCAGCGUCUGCGUCUGCAGAGGAAUCCUCUAAGAUGGAAGAAGUCGAUUAAAUCUACUAGAUAUUUUUAUUUUUACUUUCUAUAAGAAAAAAAUUUCUAGCUGUCUAUAGCUUACAUUAUUCUCUUUAAAAGAAUAUUUUAUGAAAUUUGUCAAUAAACAUUUUUAUUAUAUGUU